AUUGGGUCUCUGCUCUGCUCUAAACAAGUCAGCUCUCGGCAGCUGUCUUCUUAACAAUGGCUGCACCUUCACACUCCUUAGCUUCUUCUGCUUGCUUCUCCACAACUCCGACGCGGAAAAUUUCCGGCUCAGAUCGAUUUCAACUUGCUAAGUCUAUACUCUGCCGGAAAAUACCUGGUUUUGCCGGCAGUGUGGUCUGUGCUCGGCGUAUUUGCUCUAACUAUGCCUCUUCCGAUGACCAGUCCAACUACAGGAAGAAUCUUAUGGAUAGUAUUUUUGUGGCAUGCACUUCCGUUGCCUUGUCUUUUUCUCUCUAUAUAGCAGACGUUGACCCUGCCUCGGCUUUUGUAGUCACUUCACCCAGGAAAUUGCAGACUGAUGAACUUGCUACUGUUCGCCUCUUCCAGGAGAAUACACCUUCCGUUGUGUAUAUUACUAAUCUUGCUUCCAGGCAGGAUAUGUUUACAUUGGAUGUAUUUGAGGUGCCUCAAGGGUCUGGGUCAGGCUUCGUCUGGGAUAAAAAUGGAAAUAUUGUUACUAAUUAUCAUGUGAUUCGAGGUGCUUCUGAUCUCAGAGUGACUCUUGCUGAUCAAACUACUUAUGAUGCAAAAGUUGUUGGAUUUGACCAAGAUAAAGAUGUUGCUGUAUUGCAUAUCGAUGCACCAAAAGACAAGUUGCGACCUAUACCAAUUGGCGUAUCUGCAGACUUGCUCGUUGGUCAAAAAGUAUUUGCUAUUGGAAAUCCAUUUGGACUUGAUCAUACACUCACCACUGGUGUUAUCAGUGGCCUUAGGAGAGAAAUCAAUUCUGCAGCUACUGGCCGCCCAAUCCAAGAUGUUAUUCAGACAGAUGCAGCAAUCAAUCCUGGUAACAGUGGAGGGCCACUUCUAGAUAGUUCUGGAAAUCUUAUUGGAAUAAAUACUGCUAUAUAUUCUCCUUCCGGUGCAUCAUCAGGUGUUGGAUUUUCAAUUCCAGUUGAUACUGUCAGUGGCAUUGUUGAUCAAUUGGUGCAGUUUGGGAAAGUCACAAGGCCAAUUUUGGGCAUAAAGUUUGCACCUGAUCAGUCCGUUGAGCAACUGGGAGUCACUGGAGUACUUGUCCUAGAUGCUCCUCCAAAUGGUCCUGCAGGCAAAGCAGGUCUUCUACCUACUAAACGUGAUUCCUACGGAAGACUUAUUUUAGGUGAUAUAAUCACAUCUAUAAAUGGAAAGAAGGUCUCUAAUGGCACCGACUUGUACAGAAUUCUUGAUCAAUGCAAAGUUGGAGAUAAGGUAAUUGUGGAAGUGCUGCGUGGGGAUCAGAAAGAGAAGAUCCCUGUACUUCUGGAACCAAAGCCUGAAGAAUCGUAGUUCCUCAAGUGGAUAAGAGUAUGUGUUGAUAUGCAUUUCUUGGCGAACAAGCCCAUAUUAUUAGUUCAUCAAUUGUUGAAUGGUUGUGUAUAUACAAAAACUACACUUAAAACUAGGGUGCAAGCAAUAUAGUUGGGAGUCUUAACACUGCUGCCUAAA